AUGGAUCAAAUGCUUCCAAGUCCAUACAACAUACCAGGUAUUGGUACUCCUUUGCACCAACCUGAAGAAGAUCAACAAAUUUUACCAAAUGCUAUGCAACAGCAACAACAACAGCAGCAACAACAACAGCAGCAGCAGCAACAACAACAGCAUUCCUUGGUAUCAAUGGGUUCAUCACCGCUCGUGGGUUUUGGCGCCUCUAUAAUGGGCACACCUCAGAGAACGAUGCAUACGUAUGCUCCAACCGCCAGCUAUGCAACACCUCAACAGAUGAUGCAACCUCAAACACCGCAAAACUUAAUGUCUCCACUUAUAACUGGGUCAAGUAUAGCCGGUCAACAGAUCCUAAACCAAAUGAGUCCUGCACCGAUGACACCAAUGACUCCACAUUCCGCAGAUCCUGGAAUAUUACCACAGUUACAAAAUAUAGUUUCCACGGUAAAUCUAAAUUGCAAAUUAGACCUUAAAAAGAUAGCCCUACAUGCUCGCAAUGCUGAAUAUAACCCCAAACGGUUUGCUGCCGUCAUUAUGAGGAUACGAGAACCGAGAACUACAGCAUUGAUAUUUUCUUCUGGCAAGAUGGUUUGCACCGGUGCCAAGAGUGAAGAAGAUUCCCGUCUUGCUGCAAGAAAAUAUGCCAGAAUUAUACAAAAGCUAGGAUUUACUGCGAAAUUUUUGGAUUUUAAAAUUCAAAACAUGGUUGGGAGUUGUGAUGUGAAAUUUCCAAUUCGUCUUGAAGGCUUAGUGCUAACACAUGGACAAUUUAGUUCUUACGAACCUGAACUCUUUCCUGGACUCAUCUACCGUAUGGUGAAGCCUAGAAUAGUCUUACUGAUAUUCGUAUCAGGAAAAGUGGUACUUACAGGCGCCAAAGUUCGCCAAGAAAUAUAUGAAGCAUUUGAUAAUAUUUAUCCAAUAUUGAAAAGUUUUAAGAAACAAUAA